AUGAAUGCGAAACUCAUCCUGUCUACUGAAUGGGCCAAGUUCAGCAGGAAGCAGAAAAAGGCACUGGCAGGCAUAUUCCAGGCAGUGACCUCGGCCCACAGGCACCUGUUGCAUUCCCGUGCUGGGCUCUCUUUGCACCUGAGCAGCACUGGGAUAGACCAAAAGUGUGUCCUGGCCAAUCCGGAAGCGGUGGUCAUCGGGUCCACUGAGGGGAUUGGCUUCGCCAUGGCGCAGCGCCUGGCCCAGGACGGGGCCCACGUGGUCAUCAGCAGCCGGAAGCAGCAGAACGUGGACCGGGCAGUGGCCGCGCUGCAGGGGGAGGGGCUGAGCGUGGCGGGCACCGUGUGCCACGUGGGGAAGGCCGAGGACCGGAAGCGGCUGGUGACCACGGUCCUGGAGCACUAUGGGGGCCUGGACUUUCUGGUGUGCAAUGCAGGUGUCAACCCCCUGGUGGGAAGCACCCUGAAGGCCAGUGAGGAGGUAUGGGACAAGAUUCUGAACGUGAAUGUGAAGUCCCCGGCCCUGCUGCUGAGCCAGCUGCUGCCGCACAUGGAGAACAGGGGGACAGGGGCGGUCGUCCUGGUCUCCUCCAUUGCAGCCUAUAUACCACAUGUGAAACUGGGUCCCUAUAAUGUCAGUAAGACGGCCACGGGCCUCACCAGGACGCUGUCAUUGGAGCUGGCCCCCAAGGACAUCCGGGUGAACUGCCUAGUUCCAGCAGUAAUCGAGACCAACUUCAGCCAAGUGUUACACAAGGAUGAGGUUUUCUGGAACAAUUUCAAGAAAGAGCACCAGCUGCAGAGGUUAGGGAAACCUGAGGACUGUGCCGGGAUUGUGUCCUUCCUGUGCUCUCCGGAUGCCGGCUACAUCACCGGCGAGAACAUUGUGGUGGCUGGCUUCUCCCCUCGGCUCUGA